AACUUAAAAACCCUAGAACUUCCCAAUUUGUGUUUAUAUACCCAUCCUGCCCUCCCUCCCAUUAAAAUCAUUCCCAAUUCCUAGGGUUUUAGACAAAACCAAAUCCUCCGAUUGAGAAAUGGCUACCGCGACGGGACAGGCGAACGCUAAGAGAAAGCCGGUGUUUGUGAAAGUGGAGGAUUUGAAACCUGGUACGACUGGGCACACUUUGAUCGUCAAAGUGGUGGAGACGACUCCUGUCAACACUUCCUCCAGGCCCAACAGGUCCCGUGCUCUCCUAUCUCGACCUGCCCCUCCGACCCGAAUCACUGAGUGCGUUGUCGGAGAUGAGACCGGCACCAUCAUCUUCACUGCGCGCAACGAACAAGUCGAUCUUAUGACGAAAGGCGCAACUGUGAUUUUACGGAAUGCUAAGAUUGUUAUGUUCAAGGGAACUACAAUGAGGCUUGCUGUAGACAAAUGGGGCCGGAUUGAGGUAACCGAACCUGCUAAAUUCGAGGUUAAAGAAGAUAACAAUCUUUCUUUAGUUGAAUAUGAGCUUGUUACUGUUCCUGAUCAGGGUAUGAAUUAGGGGCUGAUCUUAUGAACGAAUGAAUAUAUAUAUAGGAGGUGAAUACUUUGGUUUGGUUUAGUGUCAUGAUUAGUCCUAUGAGAUUGUUGUAGUACUUAAUAGUAUUUGGACAUAUCUCAUUGUGAAAUUGAUUUGGACUUUCUUUUGCU